AUGACUCCUGCUCUGCACAGCGGCGCGAGUGCCUCGCCCUUUUGUCAAGAAGCCGUUCCCGGCCUCGCUGCUUCGUCGUUUUUUUCGUCUUCGCUGCGCGGCAACAAGCGCACGCGGCCGCUGAGUUUCUCUGACGCCACGGGCGCGUUCGCUUCUUCUCUCGCCUCCUGCGAAGCUGCCGAGGCGAAGCGUGCGUGCCUGGUUCCCAAUGGCACUUCCGCGGAGACGACGCCCCGGGCGCCGCUUCCCGCCGCCUCCUCGCCCGUCCUCAGCUUCGCGCCGGCAGGCGCCGCGGGCGCCGCAGCCCCGUGCGCGUCGCUGUCAUCGUCCUCCUCCUCGUCCUCCUCUUCCGCGCCUCGCGGGAGCUUUUUCCACGCGCCUUCCGCUUCCGCCGCAGCCUCUUCGCCGGCGCCGCUGCCUUUCGCGCCGUGGACUGUGCCCGCGCCGACUUCUUCGCUCCCCCCGGUUCAGGAGGGCGGCGGCCGCGGCGCUUGGGCCGCCAUCCCGCGCAGCGGAUCCCCGCCGUUUUCGGCUUAUGGUCUGGCAGCAGCGGCGGCGCAGGCAGAAGAAGAGGACAUGGCUGACGAGGAGUCCUGCAUGGGUCCACCGCUGCUGCAGUCGCGCCCGCGCUGCUCGGGCGGAGGGAAGGCCGCGGCUGAGUUGCUUCGCGCCUACGACUUCGGCUUCAUGUAG